AUGUGCUACCUAUCGCGCCUUCGCAAAAACUCGCAUCUCGUCGCGGCCUUGCCAAGCGCACUAUCGCAUUGGUGCUGCUCCAACGAGCCGCGGUACCGUUGCCUUUCGACGCGACCCGGUGUCAGAGCGUCGAUGAACGACGCAUGCGCUACGGCAUCGAUAGGGACUUUCAUCGGUGUGAUGGGGAUCGGCGAGAUGGUUUUAUCGGAGCCCUGCGGGAGGGACGAGGCGCUGGGCGUAGGGGACACUCCGGGGGAUGUCGGCUGCACGUUAACAACGCUCUCCUUCGAGGUGCGGUUGGGCGAAAGCCUCGCGGGGAAGCUCAGCGUCUUCGUCCACUGCGACAGGCUACGCACCAUUUUGAGGGUUCAUAAGCACAACACGUACACUGACACGGCAACACGAGGGCGCGGUACGUUCGCACAGAACGGUGGUCGGCGGACGAAUGCGAUUGCGCGCCGGAUCCAAACAAAACUUGACGCGGCCUGUGCAAGUCGCGACUUGGUUGCGUUGCGCGUGUGUGCGUGCGCUGCGUCGGUGUGCCGUGGACGGGUGCUGGGAAGUGGGAACCCGCGGGGUCCGACCUUUUGUUUGUCGAUGGGGCGACCGCCUCAAUUGAAAAAAAAAGAUCGUCUAUCUCCCGUGACAAUUGAACACUACAAAAUUGGGAAGUGGGGCUGUGUGGCGGGAAGCCAGAGCGCGCUCGAAAAGAAAACAAAGGCCGUUGCGUGCGAUUUCCGACCGCCACGUGCGCUCGCAGCUGCCGCCGUCUCGCCGCCCGCAGCGCAUGCGCUCUUC